GCGAUAGAGAAAAUUGAGAGCCUGUAAAGAGCAGAAAUCCGUAGCCUGGAAUUCAACGAUUCGGAGGUCAUAAGCCAAAGAAAACUCAUCAACGUCAAAAAUUUCCCUGCCGAAGUCUCUAGCCUCAUUGCGAAGCAUCUCGCCUCCUUGCCUUGAACGCCUCGUGCCGAGCUGUCUUGACCCAAAAUACAACGUUGUUGUAAAUAUCCAGAAACAUUGUCCUACUCAUCAGUCACCACGCCGUCUUCUUCUUCGUAGUCAUCUUCCUCUUGCUCUGCAUCAGAGAGCUAGGGGACUUGAAGGAGGCUCGUUCAGGCAUCGGAACAUGCGAUGGAGAACCCCAGAGAUUGAAAGCAAAUUAGAGCAUGGGAGACUCGGGGAGAGGCGGUAGAACUGAGGAAACACUUCUGCUCGGAAAAACUAAAAAUCUAUGGUGGUCGAUGACGUUCCAUCGCGUCGGUGAAUAAGUUUUCAUCGCUUUCUCGAGUGUUUGAUAACUUCCUGCUGCUCAUCGGAUUCACACUAUCAUGGAGGACGCUUCUGCUGCUAGCGCUGUACAGGACAGAGAUCGCAAGUUCCUAGCAAAAGCAAUCGAAGAAGCAUAUAAAGGGGUUGAAUGUGGCGAUGGUCGCCCUUUUGGCGCUGUGAUCGUUCGCAACGAUGAAGUAGUCGUGAGCUGUCAUAACUUGGUUUUAAGAAACACCGAUCCCACUGCUCAUGCUGAGGUUACUGCAAUACGAGAGGCAUGUAAAAAGCUCAAUCAAAUUGAUCUAUCUGGCUGUGAGAUGUAUGCGUCUUGUGAGCCUUGUCCGAUGUGUUUCGGAGCAAUUCAGCGUUCAAGAAUAAAGAGACUGGUUUAUGGAGCCAGAGCAGAUGCUGCUGCAGCAUUUGGAUCUGCUGGUUUUAUUUCAGAUUCGCUGAGGGGCACCGGUUUUUAUGAGAAGGCCCACUUGGAUAUUAUAAAGGCAGAUGGAGCUCUUGCUGUUAUUGCAGAAGAGGUAUUUGCGAAGACGAGUUCUAAGUUUCGUUCUGUCAAUUAAGAUCAGUCUGUCCCUGAUGACUCACGAGAGUCCUGUCCUAAUGAGGUGUUCCAAGCUUCAGUCCUUUUUCUUCUUUGCCAAACGUGGUCAAUUUAAUUUGAUUUGGGUUAUGUGUAGUAGUAUUCUAGAAGGUUUGACUUUUUUUUUUUUUAACGUGAUAUUGAAUAUUUGUUCGUGACCUGAUUCUUCGUAUGAUCA